AUGGGUGAUUUUGUUCGUAUAAAAUGUGUCUGGAUAUGGUUGCUAACACUCCUUUGUUUAUGGGAUUCAUCCUUUGGGCAGAUUGUGUACUCCGUGUCAGAGGAGGUGGACAAGGGAACCGUGGUUGGAAAUAUAGCGAAGGACUUGAACAUUAAUGUUAAUGAAAUGGAGUCGCGAAUGUUCCAGAUUGUGUCGGGAUCCAGCAGGAAAUAUUUUGAGGUAAACUUAAGAACUGGGGUGUUUUUUGUGAAUGAUAGAAUCGACCGAGAGGAACUGUGUCCUGGCCUUUCGAAAUGUUCUUUAUUUUUAGAAGCCAUUGUCCAUAAUCCUCUAAAGCUAUUCCGUCUUGAAAUUAUUGUAUUGGACAUAAAUGACAACGCGCCAUUUUUUCCACAGCAUGAAACAGAGAUAAAUAUAACCGAAAUCGCUAUUCCAUUUGAUAAAUUCUCUAUUCCUAUGGCAGAAGAUUUCGAUGUGGGCAGUAACUCGGUAAAAACCUAUAAACUGAAUCCGAAUGAUUACUUUAGUCUAGAAAUACAGAACGAGGGAGAUCCGACUGUAUCCGCAGAAUUACUGCUUCAGAAAUCAUUAGACCGAGAGAAACAGGCCGUAAUUAGGCUUGUAGUAACUGCUGUUGACGGCGGAAAAUAUCCCAGAUCCGGAACUUUACAGAUAACAGUGAACGUGAUGGAUGUGAACGAUAACAGCCCAGCGUUUAGCAAGCCGUUGUAUAAGGUUAAACUGAAAGAAAAUGUUCCUUACGCAACACCGGUCUUAACACUGAAUGCGACCGAUCCAGAUGAAGGAUUAAAUGGGCAAAUACUUUACUCUAUACCUGGGCAAAGAAACGUAAACCUUAACAUUUUUACCAUAGAUUCAAUGACUGGUGAAAUAUCUGUAAAAGGCAAAAUUGAUUACGAAGAAAAUCCUAAUUUUGAAAUCCGUGUAGAAGCUAGAGACAAAGGCGUCCCCUCGCGCAGUUCGCAAUGUAAAGUUCUGAUCGAAGUUACUGACUUGAAUGACAAUCGUCCUGAAAUAUCAGUCACGCCACUAAAGAAAAGUAUCAAGGAAGACGCUACAAGUGGUACAGCUGUGGCAUUGAUAACAGUUUCUGAUAAAGAUGAAGGAGAAAAUGGAAUGGUGAAAUCUGAGAUAAUUGGUUCGUUGCCUUUUAAACUGCAGUCUUCUUUUAAAAACUAUUAUUCAUUAGUUGUUCACGGAUCGCUGGACAGGGAGAUUGCUUCUCAAUACAACGUCACCAUCACAGCUACAGAUGAGGGAACCCCGCCUCUCUCCAGCACCAGCGUCAUUACCGUGCACGUUUCUGAUGUAAACGACAACGCGCCGCGUUUCCCAGAGCCGUUGAUAAAUAUCUAUGUAAAAGAGAACAAUCAGAUCGGCACCGUUAUAUAUACCGUGUCUGCGGCUGAUCCGGAUGAAAAUGAAAACGCCCGAGUUUCUUACUCGCUCAUUGAAGGCUCUUCAGCCAGUGUUCCGCUUUCUAGUGUAAUAAACGUUAAUUCGGCCAGUGGGGAGAUAUACAGCGUACAGUCAUUUAACUACGAAGAAAUUAAAACGUUUCAAUUUCAAGUUCGGGCCACAGACUCUGGUGACCCUCCUCUAAACAGCAACGUGACCGUGAAGGUUUUUAUCCUGGAUGAGAAUGACAACAGUCCUGGGAUCUCAGACACACUGAAGAGUGACACAGUAGUUUUCCCGGCGCCGUUCCCGCCUGCAGAUGCUGAACUGAUCAGUAUUAACGGAACUGAUACUUUGAAACGGACCCAGACAUUGCCCAACAGUGAGAAGAUCGAAUAUUCCGUCUCCGAGGAAGUAAAUCGAGGUACAUUUGUCGGAAAUAUAGCCAAAGAUUUGAAUAUUAACGUCCAGGAAAUGGAAGCACGCAUGUUUCAGUUGGUUUCAGGACUGCAGACAUAUUUCAAGGUAAAUCUGAAAACGGGAGUUUUGUAUGUAAAUGACAGAAUUGAUCGAGAGGAUAUUUGUCCAAAUGCCCGUUCCUGUUCUUUAAACUUGGAGGCGAUAAUUCAAAAUCCUUUGAGUCUGCACCGAGUAGAAAUAAAUGUAUUAGAUAUAAAUGACAAUUCGCCUACCUUUCCCGUGAAAUGGCAGAUUUUGAAUAUUUCAGAAUCAACCCCGUCUGGCACUCGAUUUUCUUUAAUGAGUGCUUUUGAUCCUGAUGUGGGUAGUAACUCUGUAAAAACGUACAAGCUUAGUCCGAACGACCACUUUACUCUGGAAAUACAAAGAGAGGGAGAGCAGAGUGUAUCUGCUGAGUUAGUGCUACAGAAAGCUUUAGACAGAGAGAAACAGGCCAUGAUCCAGCUCGUACUUACUGCGUUUGACGGAGGAAAACCUCCACGAUCCGGGACAUUACAGAUUACCGUGAACGUGUUGGACAACAAUGACAACAGUCCGGUAUUUAGCAGCUCGCUUUAUAAAGUUCGUGUUGUUGAAAAUGCGCCACCAGGGACUAAAAUUAUAUCACUGAAUGCGACGGACGCAGACGAAGGAAAAAAUGGAGAGGUUUUGUAUUUGUUUAAUAGACACGGCCAGGAAAAGAUUUUGGACACUUUUAUGAUCCAUCCGGACACCGGAGACGUCACCGUGAAAGGUGACAUAGAUUUCGAAAAGUCUGCAUUCUAUGAAAUUAGAGUGGAAGCUCAAGAUAAAGGCCAGUCGCCCAUGGUUACACAUUGUAAACUGAUUGUUGAGGUAACCGACGUCAAUGACAACUUACCUCAAAUUAGUGUUACUUCUUUGUUGAACACUAUCAAGGAAGACUCAAAAAUAGGAGCCGCGAUAGCCCUCGUUACUGUUACUGAUAACGACGGAGGCAGCAAUGGAAAAUUAAAUUGUACAUUAAACGGUGCGGUUCCUUUUAAGCUUCAAACAUCAUAUAGCAACUACUAUUCUAUUAUUCUUGAUGGACCGCUGGACAGAGAAAUUGUUUCUCAGUAUAACGUCACCAUCACAGCUACAGAUGAGGGAACCCCGGCUCUCUCCAGCACCAGCGUCAUUACCGUGCACGUUUCUGAUGUGAACGACAACGCGCCGCGUUUCCCAGAGCCGCUAAUAAAUAUCUAUGUAAAAGAGAACAAUCAGAUCGGCACCGUUAUAUAUACUGUGUCUGCGGCAGAUCCGGAUGAAAAUGAAAACGCCCGAGUUUCUUACUCGCUCAUUGAAGGCUCUUCAGCCAGAGUUCCGCUUUCUAGUGUAAUAAACGUUAAUUCUGCCAGUGGGGAGAUAUACAGCUUACAGUCUUUUAACUACGAAGAAGUGAAAACGUUUCAAUUUCAAGUUCAGGCCACAGACUCUGGUGAGCCUCCUCUAAGCAGCAACGUGACCGUGAAGGUUUUUAUCCUGGAUGAGAAUGACAACAGUCCUGGGAUC